UAUUGAUUUCUGUCGUGUUCCGCUGGAAGGAUAGGGCGCCCAGAUACAAUAAUAAGCCAGCUGUCAUCAGAAGGCUAGACGGUUAUACAGUUUAUAUAUGAACCUAGUAUGGAAACAAUGACUUUGAAUCAAACAUUGUCCAAGUCUGACAGUACAGAACCUCACUCUGACGCCACGCAGGGCGCAUGCGCAGACUGGAGAGAGGCCCAGCAUUCAUUAUUUCAGCUAGCCAACAUGUGCCUCAUCCUAUCAUUUCUGAUUCCGAAUAAAUUUCGUUAUUACCCCUUAUGUCUGCGAAUAUUCCUAGGAACGGGUUAUCUUUUCUUUUCCUUGUGGUCUGGGCUGAUAGUUUGUAUGCCAGACGUCCUUUUAUGGUCCGCAGGCUUCUUUCUUGUGAACCUUUUUCAUCUCUGUUAUAUAGGAUACCGUAUGUUGCCGUCGAGGAUAGAUAAAAAUUUGGAUGAUCUUUACAAAAAAUUGUUUGAACCUUUAAGAGUGGGAAAGCCUGAAUAUGAUUGUCUUGUGAAACUUGGUUAUGUUUAUGAAUUAGAAAAAUUUGGUGAAUACGCAAAGGAGGGAAUAACACAAUGUGGGCAGAAAACAUCAAUUUUAUUAAAAGGCAGGUUGAAAGUGCAGUUUGAAGACAUAUUGGUCCAUUACAUAGAAGGAAGCCAGUUUAUCGACUCUCCGGAGUACGACUUAACUAAUCGUGCUCAAAUGUUUGAAAGACCAGAAUGUAGCUCACCCGAACGCUUCUUAUUGUCUGACAAAGGAGACACAUACCAGGUGUCAAUUUCCGCAAUAGAAGAAUGCCUUAUUUUAACAUGGUCACUUGAUAAACUACAUCAAUAUUUACUGUCAGAUCCUGCCUUAUCUGCUAUCUUUCAUUUAUUGAUUGGUAAAGAUAUAAGCGACAAGCUUUAUCAGACACAGGAAAUGCUUCUCUCCGACCCAGAGUGUCCCUUAGCACGGUCGUAUCAAAACGCUCAACUUAGAGACAGGACAACACAAGAAGACAGACAUAGUUCUCAGUCUUCUCUGUUGAAUCUCCGUAGUGUGAUUGUAUCUGGCGUAUCCUUAACAAGCUUGGACCAUUUUAAAUGCACUGGGCCUAAUUUCAAAGGGACAUUGGACCAGCACUCCAAUACAAAAGACAGUGUGUUUGAGAGUCAAGUAUAAGACAUGUUAUUGAUUAUAGAUUAGGAAAAUCACUCCUCAAAAAGAGAAGCCUACUUUUCUAUCCUUCAUUUUACAUGCUACCGGUUCACUUUCACAGGAAAAUAAGCCAUAAGUGUUCACUUCUGAGACGUUCAAAUGACAAUGUGUAGCUGUUCUAUUCAUACUAUUUUUCUAUUGUGGUUUUUAAUAACUUUGAAAACUCCCUGAAGAAAAAAAACGAUUUAUGUAAAGAAUGCUAAUCUCAAUAUUACGAAAAAAAAACUCUUGUUUAAAUUUUCCUUCAAACUUAAAUUGUAAGAUUAUAGAAUUCUUUGGAACAAGAUAGAUCACUAAGUUCUAAUAAUGUAAGUUUUGAAAACAUUGUAAUCGAAAUACCAACAUAUUGAGAAGUCCUUCGUUGGUUAUGUGAAUCAUUAAUUUCCUUGAAACUUAAACAAUUAAAUAUUCAAUAUACAACAUCAAGAUAUUUUUUGGGCUAAA